AUGGAUACUCCCAGGGUCCUGCUCUUAGCGGUCUUCCUCAUCAGUUUCCUGUGGGAUUUGCCCGGUUUCCAGCAGGCUUCCAUCUCAUCCUCCUCGUCCUCCGCCGAGCUGGGCUCAGCCAAGGGAAUGAGAAGCCGCAAAGAGCGGAAGAUGCCGCGAGCGCCGCCAGAGAGUGCUUCGUCCAGGGCGCCCCCGGUGCCCGAGGAGCCACAGCCGCGGUCGCAGGAUGAGCUCCUGCGGCGGCCACCGCAGCAGCCCCAGGCGCAGGAGCUGCCAGGCAGGGGCCCGCGCGUGGUGCCCCACGAGUACAUGCUGUCCAUCUACAGGACUUACUCCAUCGCCGAGAAGCUGGGCAUCAAUGCCAGUUUCUUCCAAUCUUCCAAGUCGGCUAAUACGAUCACUAGCUUUGUAGACAGGGGACUAGACGAUCUCUCGCACACUGCUCUCCGGAGACAGAAGUAUUUGUUUGAUGUGUCCACACUCUCAGACAAAGAAGAGCUGGUGGGCGCGGAGCUGCGGCUCUUUCGCCAGGCGCCCGCAUCGCCCUGGGGGCCGCCCACCGGGCCGCUCCACGUGCAGCUCUUCCCGUGCCUGUCGCCCCUGCUGCUGGACGCGCGGACCCUGGACCCGCAGGGGGCGCCCCGGACCGGCUGGGAAGUCUUCGACGUGUGGCAAGGCCUGCGCCACCAGCCCUGGAAACAGCUGUGCUUGGAGCUGCGAGCCGCAUGGGGCGAGCCGGAUGCAGUGGAGGCCCAGGCGCGUGCUCCGGGGCCCCAGCAGCCGCCACCCCCGGACCUGCGGAGUCUGGGCUUCGGCCGGAGGGUGCGGCCCCCCCAGGAGCGCGCCCUGCUCGUCGUGUUCACCAGAUCCCAGCGCAAGAACCUGUUCGCUGAGAUGCGAGAACAGCUGGGUUCGGCCGAGGCUGCGGGCCCCGGCGCCGGCGCGGAGGGGUCGUGGCCGCUGCCGUCGGGCGCCCCAGACGCCGGGCUUUGGCUGCCUUCGCCCGGCCGUCGGAGGCGGCGCACGGCCUUUGCCAGCCGCCACGGCAAGCGGCACGGCAAGAAGUCCAGGCUGCGCUGCAGCAAGAAGCCCCUGCACGUGAACUUCAAGGAGCUGGGCUGGGACGACUGGAUUAUCGCGCCCCUGGAGUACGAGGCCUACCACUGCGAAGGCGUGUGCGACUUCCCGCUGCGCUCGCACCUGGAGCCCACCAAUCACGCCAUCAUCCAGACACUGAUGAACUCCAUGGACCCCGGCUCCACCCCGCCCAGCUGCUGUGUGCCCACCAAAUUGACUCCCAUCAGUAUCCUGUACAUCGACGCCGGCAAUAACGUCGUCUACAAGCAGUACGAGGACAUGGUGGUGGAAUCAUGCGGCUGCAGGUAG